AUGCAGGCGCUGUCUCACGCGCGAGAGCUGCGCGACCGGCUGCUCCGGCAAGAGCGCGAGAGGUCCGUGCACCGGGUGCUGAUCAUCAGCCUCGAGAGGCAGCCGGAGCGGAGGCGGCGGUUCCUCCAGCAGCUCCAACGAUUCCCGGAGCUGAUGUGCCGGGCGGAGUGGGUCAAGGCAGUGGACGGCUCCAAGCUGCAGCUGCCGGAGGUGCCAAAGAGCAUCGUGGACCCCGUGGGAAUCGAGGAUGCGGCCACCCCACGGCAACAGGUCCUGGGCUAUGUCCUCACCAGGGGCGCCAUUGCUUUGGCCUGGACUUUGCAUGAUGUCUUCGAGUUUGGCAACGACCAGGACGAUGAGCAUGUCUACCUCCUUUGCGAGGACGAUGCCAUGCUUUCCCCGAGCUUCACAGAGGAUUUCGCAACUCUUCUGGCGCAUGCCGUUCGCCAUGAUCCCUUCUGGGAGGUGCUUCAUGUUGGGUACAACGUGGCCUCUACCACCGUGAGACCUUGUGGACACAGCUCUUGCGCUUCAAAUCCGGCGGGAUGCGUUUUGGGGCGCCCCGGGCCGCUCUUCGGGCUGUACAGCCUGGCGGUGAGGCCCCAGGGCGCCCGGAUCUUAAGGGAGCGACUCUUCCCGGUGAGCCUGCAGGUAGACACAGAGCUCUCGCGCGUGUACCAACACUUGGCGAAAGAGACGGGAAGCUUGGAGGCGCGCGCCUACGGCCAUCGCCCAGCCAGCGGGGCAGCGCUGCGGGCCUGGGGCCCAGUGCCGAAGCCUCCAGAUUCCAAAACCUUCGAGGAUACAACGCAAGAUUGGCAGGUGCUGAACGACAAACUAAGGCUUGAAGGCCGCCCAAGUCGCAGAGUUCUCUACGUGAUGAGCUUGGAAGAGGAGAUGCCGGUCGACAGCCUGAACUUGGAGACGGCCUCCUUCACUGUGCAGGGCUCCACUUUCGAGGUUCCCAAGAGGUACCAGAUCGAUGAGCCCAUGAGCCAUGGCGCCUAUGGCAUUGUGUGUUCAGCGGAGGAUCAGGAGCUGGAAGAGAAAGUCGCUCUCAAAAAGAUCGAGGGGGUUUUUGAGCACAUCACCAUUGCCAAGCGCACGCUGCGGGAGCUGCGGAUUCUGCGGCAUUUGCAGCACGAGAACCUGAUGCAGGUGAAGAACAUCUUCAUGGUGGGUUCCAGGUCAUCCUUCAAGGAGCUCUAUGUUGUGUCGGAGCUUAUGGAGACCGACCUGGCUUCCACCUUGAGGUCGUCGCAGGUGCUGACAGACGACCACUGCCAGUUCUUUUUGUACCAGAUCCUGCGGGGCAUGAAGUAUGUCCACUCGGCGCAGGCGGAUGAGAUGUCUUGA